AUGUAUCUCCAAACUUUCUUCAUUUUGAAGGGACAGAAAACUGUUCUUACACGUCUCUGUAGUCUACUUCAAAAUGAGAUCAAAGAUCACGAGAAUCCAUCUGAUGUUGACAAAUUGAAAAUGAAAGUUGUCAAACAAGUUGAAGCUUGUAUAAAUUCAACUUAUUCUCAACUUAUCUCAAAUAUAGAAUUAUUUACAUCAGGACUUUCGAAAUUACUUCCGAAUCUCAUUGAAGCGAAGCAAUCAGAAACAACCGAAAAGAUAUUAAAAUCAAUUCUUGCUUUAAACAGAGUAUUGCGCUCUUUCUCUGUUGAACAGACAGUCGAAUCCGAAAAAGUUACCGAACCUAUUAUUCAUAAAGCCGAAUCAGUUGAAAAUUCAGAUUUUAUUAUUUGUCGAAUUUGCGGAGAAAAGAUACACGUUGCAGAUAUCGAAUCCCAUACUGAACUGUGUAUCGCCGCAUUUAAGAGUGAGUCCAAAGUUAAUGAUAUUGACGCUAGAUUAGAUAAUUUGAUCAAAGAAUUCAUGGAAGGCCCUCUAUCGACUACAUGGCCCGGUGAAGAAUCAGAUGCCAUGCACAAGAUAUUACCUCAAUUGAGUUUACUCGCAUUGAGCAGAAGAUGUAAGGAAAUCACUACAGAUAAAUCAGAUGCUCCUAUGGAGCUUACGCAGAUUGCAUCGAUUGCAAAAUCAAUGCAAUCAAAUGAUUUGUGUUUUCUUGCACUCGAAAAAUCUCGAACUUGCGCUGCUUUCCUUUCAGUUGCAGAAAGCCUAGCGAAAUCUGCAACAGGGUUCAUCCCUCCGAAACAACCUUCCCUCACAGAAUUCACUUUCUUAAAGAGAAUCAGCGGAGGAGCAUAUGCUCGAGUUUUCCUGGCCAAGAAGACUCAAACUGGCGAUAUUUAUGCUGUCAAAGUUCUAAAGAGACGUAGCAUUCAACGCAAAAACCAAGUUCAACGCGUACUUACAGAAAGAGAUAUUCUCCACGAUUGCAUAUCACCUUACGUUGUUUCGUUUUACUAUUCGAUUACUGGCGUCAAUAACCUCUACCUGUUCAUGGAAUAUCUCCCUGGAGGAGAUCUUUAUUCCUUAUUAGAACAAGUAGGAGCUCUUGACGAAAGCAGCGCAAGAUUCUACAUCAAACAGAUCAUAGAAGCAUUACAGUUCCUUCACGAGCACGGAAUCAUUCACAGAGACCUCAAACCAGAUAAUCUUCUCAUUACAGCCGACGGAAUGCUCAAACUUACAGACUUCGGACUUUCCUACGCAGGCGCCGUUGGUCGCCAGAUCUCUUCCGACGAGAGAAUCAUCGGAACUCCAGAUUACGUAUCUCCCGAAGUUAUUUUGUGCCAAUCCCAUGGUCCAACAACAGAUUACUGGUCUCUCGGAUGCAUAGCUUACGAACUUAUCAGCGGAAUACCACCUUUCCAUAGAGAUACAGAGAGUAUGACACUUGAAGCCGUAAUUACAGGCAGAUACGAGCCGAUUGAGGAUUGUUCGCCCGAAUUAAACGACUUCAUUACCAGACUUCUCGAUCCCGACCCAGAAAGGCGCCUCGGAGCCAAAGGAAUCGAAGAAUUAAAGAAUCACCCAUGGAUAACUAUGGAAAGUGACGAACCUGAGGAAGUUCCCUUCGUCCCAUCGCUCUCCAGCCCCGUCGAUACUAAUUAUUUCAUGAGCAGAUACGAAUUUUCCGAAGACGACGAAAAAGAUAUCAGAUCUGACAUGCAAGCAGCUCAGGCAGCGGUAGAAGCGAAAGACGAGGAGAGCAAGAAGGACAAGAAGGUCCCUGCUUUGAGAAAGAGGAACCGCAGCGGAACAGUUUCAAAGAAAAAGGACGAAUUACACAAUUUCGAGGUCGUUGGCAUUGACCAGUUGGGUCUCCAGAACCAGGAAGCGGCUAGAUUGGCAAGAAGAAGAUCUAGAGCUAUUUCGGACAGUUUCGCGCCGCAAUCGCCGAUGACAAUCAGAUUAACUAACAUUGCACCUGCAGCAUCAAGUUUGGAUGUCGCUGGACCUUUGAAGAUCUCUGCAGCUGAUGACUUUUUAGUUUCAACACCAAGGAGAACUAUCGGCGAUCGAUUUAAGUAA